AUGAGCGGCUCACAACCGCAAUCCGGCUUAUCCGCCAUACAACGCAACUUCACUCCUAAUGUCGUCAAAUCCGAGCCCGCGUCUCAGCCCACAGCCUCUCAGGCGCAGAAGAAGAGCAAGAUAAGCGCGGCUAUGCGCGCAGCGAUAUCGCAGGGCAUCGCUAGCCGUGGCUCAGAACCGCCGCCACCGCCAGCCGCGAGCUUGAAGAGGCCGAGUAACGGCGUCGAGCCCCCGGCGAAACGCCACCUCCCAUCGUCCUGGAACGAGAACCACCCUCGCGCCUCAAGCUCAUCUUCCUACAAUUCGUCAUCCAACACGUCGUCUCGCGCAGCUGCACUCUCUGCUACGAAUGGAGCGGGAAGAAAACCGGCACCCAUCAGGCAGGAAAUCGACGACUUGAUUCAGUCGACACCACGUGUGGUUACGGCGAGCAGUACGAAGAACAAAGCACCUGCUGCGAUAUUUCUCAGCGAGGAGCAACGCUAUGUACUCAGUCUUGUUGAGAAAGGGGAAAGCGUAUUCUACACGGGUAGUGCGGGAACGGGAAAGUCGGUACUUUUGCGAGAGAUCAUCAAGGUGUUAACGAGGAAGUAUCCUACACCGGACGGCGUUGCGAUCACCGCAAGCACAGGCAUUGCGGCGUGCAAUAUCGGCGGUAUCACCCUUCACUCCUACGCCGGUAUCGGGCUUGGAACGGAUGAGCCCGAAGAGCUCGCGAAACGUGUCAAAAAGAACCGCAAGAAUAGCGGUCGCUGGUUGCGCACAAGAGUACUCAUCAUUGAUGAACUAUCCAUGGUCGAUGGCGAUCUAUUCGACAAGAUCGCGCGCGUUGGAAGCCUUGUUCGCAACACCGCUAAACCUUUCGGUGGCAUUCAGCUGGUCGUCACCGGCGACUUCUUCCAGUUACCGCCGGUCAAUAAGGGCGGUAAGAUGACCAAAUUUGCAUUCGAGGCUCAACUCUGGGAUCAAUGCAUCAAGCGCCGUAUCCUCCUCACGAAGGUCUUCCGGCAAAAGGAUCAGACUUUCGUCGACAUGUUGAACGAGUUGCGUUACGGCAAGCUGUCACCCAAGUCCAUCGAGGCUUUCAAGGGGCUCUCUCGACCAAUUACCUACGAAGAUGGGAUCGGCCCGACUGAACUAUUCCCACGCCGUGAGGAUGUCGAUGCGGCGAAUAACGCUCGCAUGGGCAGGCUCGCGGGUGUUUCACGGACGUUCGUAGCGCGCGACGGCGGAAUGGCCGGACCAGACGAACGCAAGCGGCUCUUGAGCAACUUCAUGGCACCCGAGACGCUACUGCUCCAAGAAGGCGCGCAAGUAAUGCUAAUCAAGAAUGUCGACGAGACGCUUGUGAACGGUAGUAUGGGCAUCGUCAAGCGUUUUGUGGAUCCCGCCAAAUACUCUUCCGAGCAGGACGACAUCAUCGGAGGCAAUAAGGGCAAGGACGCGAAGGGCAAGAAAGAAGAGCCACAGCGCGCGGAGAAACUCGUCCCGCUUGUUGAGUUCAGCACGCCUGGUGGAGGCAAGCGUCCCAUCCUUGUGUUGCCUGAAGAGUGGAAGGUCGAGUUGCCGAGCGGAGAGAUACAAGCCCGGCGACAGCAGUUACCCCUUAUCUUGAGCUGGGCCAUGUCGAUCCACAAGAGCCAGGGCCAGACGCUCGAGCGCGUCAAGGUUGAUCUUGGUCGUGUGUUCGAGCGUGGACAGGCGUAUGUUGCGCUCUCGCGCGCUACAAGCCUCAAAGGGCUCCAGGUUCUCAACUUCAAUCCAGAGAAGGUUUUGGUACAUGAUAAGGUCGUCGAAUGGUAUCGCGGACUUGAAACCGUUGGCGAGAAGGCGGCGUGA